AUGGUGGGUUCUCACUCCGGGCCCUUGGGCGACGUGCCGGGCAUGAGAUGGGACGAAACGCGGCAGCGCUAUUUCAGCGUGCAUCGCAGCAAUGCUGAGACGGACGCUUCCUCUUCGGGCCCUGCGGUUCGACGAGACACCGUCCGCGAGGAGCCUGCCAUUAAGGAGCUGCCCGUGGAUGAUGCAGUGAUGGCGACCUUGCGUGAAGUAGACUUCAGACGGAAACGUCGGCGUGCAGCCAAUGCGAGAGACAUGCAGCCAAGCGAGUGCUCCAUAUGCCUUGAAGCACUGCAACAUGGUGAACGCAUCCUGGAGCUUCCAAGUUGCAAGCAUGUUUUCCAUAAGCGCUGCCUGACGCCAUGGAUGAAGCAAAGAGGGAGCUGUCCCAGCUGCCGGGCUCCGGUUGACGUCGCAUUUCAGACUGCACAGGCUGCGGCGAUUGCCGACACCAAACAAGGCCUCGACUAA